AUGGCGAUUAAAGAAGAUAAACAUGUAAAGAUGAUGUUUAAUAGGAUCCAGAAAAUGCCCCAAGUAAAUGCUGCUGAGUUGUAUGUAAGUUUGGAGGCGAGUGUAGACAACAGUACUGAGGUGGUGCAAGAAACAUCUACGGCUUUACAAUUUACAACCCUAGAUGAUGGAUGCACUACAAUGGGAGGUUAUACGCUCUCAUCUCAAGAUUAUGUUGCGAAUACUGGUGGAACCCUCUACUCUCAAGAGACACAUUUAGAGGAGGAAGACGAAGACGAAGACGAAGACGAAGAUCAUGCUGUGAAUGAUGGUGAAAAUAAUGAUGAUAUGGAUCAGUACGAAGAGAGGAUUGAGCGAGAUGAUGAUGAUAUUGGUGUCCAGCAUGAUACAGAUACGACCACUGGCUACAGACCUCCUGCGGACUCAUUCUACGCAAAUACUUGGGAAAAUAUGGUUGAUCCUUCACGUCUUCAGAUACCAUAUCUUUGUACUUGGCAAGAUGGGAUGCAUUUUUGUAAAGGGUUGACUUUUGCAAAUAAAGCUGCGGUGAAGCGUGCAUUGAUAAUAUACGCAGCAAAGGAUAAUAGAAAUUUCUUCAUCCAAAGGUCGAGCACAAUUGAAUUGUGCGCCGCAUGCGUUGACGACAAUUGCAAGUGGUACGUUGGGGCAUACAUGAAGCCUAAAUUCAAUGGUCUGUGGAUGGUCACGUCUUAUGUGGGUCCACACAGUUGUAUACCCUUUGGGCUGCGAAGAGAUGGUAGAAUGAUGGAUUCUAAUUUUGUUGCAUCAGAAAUUAUGGGAAGAUUGCAAAAAAAGCACACUGCUACUGUUGAUGAGCUUUGGGAGAUCAUUCGUACUAAGUAUGAUCAUGAGUUUUCUUACUAUAAAGUAUGGAACGCAAAACAAAAGGCAAUUGCUAAGAUUUUUGGGGAUUGGGAGGAGUCUUACCAAAGAUUGCGAAAGUUGUUGUUGGCAUACUUGGAUCAGGAUUCGGGUACCCAGUAUAGCUAUCACACCAUACCUAAGCUAUUAGAAGGUACUACGUUACUGCGCUAUGUAUAUUGGGCAUUCGCUCCAUGCAUUGCUGCAUUCCAGUAUUGCAGGCCAGUGAUUAGUAUUGAUGGAACUCAUUUAUAUGGUAAAUACAAAGGGGUAUUGAUGAUUGCAAUGGCAACCGAUGCUAAUCAAAAGGUUUUGCCUAUCGCCUUUGCUGUUGUGGACAAGGAGUCAGGGCCUAGUUGGGGGUGGUUUUUAGAGUGUCUCAGGACUUCAAUAGAGCGUGUUAUUGAAAACAAGGACAUUUGCAUUAUUUCUGACCGACAUAAAGGUAUCAAAUGCGCCAUUCGAGAGUGGCCUAGAGGGCAAGACGGAAGAGAACGGGUAUAUCAUCGAUAUUGCCUUCGACAUGUUGCUAGCAACUUCAACACACAUUUUGAUAACCCGACUUUAAAGGCAUUGGCCUUGAAAGCUGGAUAUGAGACUCAUGAUGCUAAAUUUGUGUCCAUAAUGCAAACCAUUAAGGAGGCCGAGAUUAAUUUACUAAGGGGUGUAGACCCUACUGAUCGCCGGAUUAUACGUUAUAUGCCAUACACAUAUCUAAUGAGUGAGGAUGUAGACAAAUGGACCCAGUCACAUGAUGGUGGAAGACGUUACGGGGCAAUGACAACCAAUACCUCUGAGUGCUUUAAUGGGGUUCUUAAAGGUGCCCGCGGUUUGUCCAUUGCUGCAAUGGUUAAGUUCACUUAUUUUAAACUUGUUGCAUAUUUCCACGAUCGACAUAAACAAAUUACUUCUGAUCUCUCUCGAGAUAAGGUGUGGAGUGAUUAUGCAAUGGAGAUCUAUAACAAAAAUGAGCAGAAAAUUGCAGGACACACUCUGAGGAAUUAUAAUCAUGCAGAGGGUAUAUAUCAAGUGGUUACCCCGUAUAACGACCAUAGAGCUGGAGGGGGAAAUCACAGUCAUGAUGUGCGCAUAUUUGAUAGAACCUGUGGUUGUGGAAAGUGGCAAAACUUGAAGAUCUCUUGUUCACAUGCAAUUAAAGUUCUUAAAGGUCUGCAUCUCGAUGCGCCCAGCUAUAUUGACCCAUGUUACAGUCUGAACAACGCCAUUCUCACAUAUUCACAUAAUUUUGUGGUGCCAAAGUCAGAGUCAUUAUGGACAGAUGUUCGCGGACCACGGUGGGUGCUUGACCCACAAUUGUUGCGGGCCAAAGGUCGUCCUACGAUGUCAAGAAUAAGGAAUGAAAUGGAUGGGGUACGGCGAGAACGGGGAAGCCGGAGGGAAGAUCCGGAGUUGAGGGAGAUUCAACCGAGACAACGAUGUAGAGUGUGUCAUCAAGAGGGGCAUAACCGCAGAUGCUGUCCCAAUUCCCAUGGGGCUUCGACAAGUGGUAGUGCUAUGAACUAG